AUGACGCCCCCCUUGACAGAGGUCCUCGUGUCAGACGGCCCCCUUUCCAGACGGCCCCGGGUCAGACCCCUUGUCAGACGUCCCCGUGUCAGACGCCCCCCUGUCAGACGUCCCCGUGUCAGACGGCCCCCUUGUCAGAGGUCUUCAUGUCAGACGGCCCCCUUGACAGAGGUCCUCGUGUCAGACGGCCCCCUUUCCAGACGGCCCCGUGUCAGACCCCUUGUUAGACGUCCCCGUGUCAGACGUCCCCCUUGUCAGAGGUCCCCAUGUCAGACAGCCCCCUUGUCAGACGUCCCCAUGUCAGACGGCCCCCUUUCCAGACGUCUCCGUGAAAGACGGCCCCCUUGUAAGACGUCCCCGUGUCAGUCGGCCCCCUUGUCAGACGUACCCGUGUCAGACGCCCCACCUUGUCAGAGAUCCCCGUGUCAGACGCCCUCCCUUGUCAGAGGUUCCCGUGUAUGA